GGCGAAAAUCUUCAAAGAUGUUCAUUUCAAUCAAAAUACAAAUAUGUGGAUACACCCUGAAGAUGAAGCAACAUAUGAAAAUAUUCUCAAAGUGCAAGCGGAUCAUUGUCAAGAUCCUAAUGCUAUUCCCCUUACACAAGAGGAGAUCUCAAACUUGGUAUUUAAGAAGAAGUCUGGUAUUGUAAAAGGACUUGGCAUGAGACCUUCCUCUUCUCUAGUAACCACCGCCUCCUUUAAUUCAUCGGUGGAGUAUAUCCAACGGUUAGAAAAUGAGAUAAUUGAGCUCAAAGAGGCAAGAGUUAGAGAUCAAGAGGAGCGAGCUAAGGACCAAGAUGCACGAACUAAACAAGAUGAGAUUUCUUAUUGGUGGCUUUUAGGGGAUUUACUUUUGGCAUUACUUGAAGACAUAUGGGAACAUCUUCCGUUAGUUCUAAAAUAG